CCGCCUCUCGCCCGCAGGCUGCGCAUCGUGGACGACGACGUGAGCUGGAGCAGCCUGGGCGCCGCCGACGGCCCCGAGCGCGACGAGGAGGAGGAUGAUGAAGGCGACGAGCCCGUGGUGGCAGAAUUCAUCGACGAGCGCCCGGACGAAGUGAAGCUGAUGGAAGAAUUCCGAAUGAACAGCAAGUGGAAGCUUUUAGGAGAACAGGAUGAAGAUUCCAGAAGCUCAGACCGGUCUCUGACUGCCAAGUCCUUAACAAGUUCAGAAGUGACAAAGCGGAAGAAAAAUAAAAGCUCGCCUGACCCGUCACCGCCACGUCAGGUCCGCCACGACUCGCCUGACCCAUCGCCGCCGCGCCGGGGCCGCCACGACUCUCCCAAGAGAGCUCAUUCAGCGUCUGGUAGAAAAGGCAGCAGAGUUGCAGAUGGGUCCUUGCCAGGAGGACAGUCUGUUUCGAAAACCGGCUUCCUGGAGAAGUUGUCCUCGAGCCAGAGGCGCCAGGCUACACCAGAUCUCUCACCUCCUAGGAAGAACCGACACAAGUCUGAGCUAGAAACAUCACCGCCCCAGAGGAAGAGGCCUGGGUCCCCAAGCGGCCCCAAAAGGCCAAGCAGCACAAGAGGUUCUUCUCCAGGCAGUAAAAAGUCCCAGCAGGCAUCGUCUUCCAACAGGCGCCAGAGACAUGAGUUGGACAUUUCGCCACCACGGAAGAGUGCCCAGAACUCUGAUUCAGACCUUUCCCCACCGCGGAGAAAUCCCAGGCCAGGCCACUUGCAUCGUGACUCCCCUCCUGGUCUUGCUCCUUCCAAAAGGCUUCGGGACAAGUCUUCAGAUUCUGAUUUAUCUCCUCCCCGAAGGAGUCAGGCCUCUGGGAAGAAACACCGCAGUUCAAGGAGCCCUUCUGACCUCUCACCACCUCUUCGAGGACAGGACUGUAAAGGAUCUCCCCAGAGAGAGAGAAGAGAAGGCCAGAGAGCUAGUCAGAUGCUGUCUGGGGGAAAAGCUGGGUUGGUGUCGGCCGACCUGCUGCGGCAAGAACAGCAGGAGCUCAGGAGACGGGAUAGAAGUAACAAGCACUUGGAAGAUGAAUCUCAGAAUGCAGAAACUGUCUUCCGAGACAAGUCAGGCCGCAAGAGAGACCUCACCCAAGAGCGACUUGAGCAGCAGAAGAAAGCGGAGGAGAAGGCUAGGAAAGACGAGCAAUAUGCCAAGUGGGGCAAAGGCCUGGCUCAGAGCAAACAGCAGCAGCAGAAUGUGGAGGAUGCAAUUAAGGAGAUGCAGAAGCCCCUAGCUCGUUAUAUUGAUGACCAGGAAUUGGAUCAGAUGUUGCGGGAGCAGGAAAGAGAAGGAGACCCCAUGGCCAACUUCAUAAAAAAGAGGAAGACAAAAGAGAGCAAGGACAAGAAAGAGAAACCCAGGUACAGUGGACCAGCACCUCCGCUCAACAGGUUUAAUAUAUGGCCUGGCCAUCGCUGGGACGGGGUGGACAGGUCCAAUGGAUUUGAACAGAAGCGCUUUGCUAGACUAGCCAGCAAGAAGGCCGUCCAGGAGCUCGCCUACAAGUGGAGCGUUGAGGACAUGUAAAGCUAAAUGGGAUAGGGGAUGGAGCUCUUGACUUGUUUUCCAGGUGGCAGCGAGACCUCUGUACACCUAGGGCCACUGCCACAGCUAUACGAGAUGGCUCAUUCUUCCCUGCUGCCCCUAGCCCUCAGUGUUGAACUGAACUGUCUUUGGGGGUCACAGCUGGUUUUCAAGGAGAGCUUACGGUGCUCCUGGAACACAACGGAAAUGGGGUUUCUCUCUCCACUCGGGUAAAGAGAAGAAAAGGUUCCUGGGGUUCAGAGAAGAACUGCAGCUAUACCAUGAGCAACCAGAAGACUUGCUGUCCUAGGAAAAUACAGCACCCAGGAGCGCUUCUGCUCUCUAGGAACCUGCUGCACCAGGUAGAGACAAUGAUUUCUGGCCUGACUCCAUCUUUUUUACCAGUUGAUAUAAAGUCUGUAUUUAAGUCUAUUUUCAGCCAAAUACUUUUUCCCCCAGGGUUUGUUCCACAGAUCCCUGAUUCUUCUGCUGUCCCAAAUCUCAGGGCCUGUUAUGGGGAGAGGGGAGGGUUAAGAAAAACUCGUUUGUAGGGGCAGAAUUCUUUUAUGCACUAGGACUAUGAGUGAGAUGUCCAUGCAACGCCAGCAAGUAUUUGCAGGUAGUGAUGACAGCGAGGCCUUCACCACUGGCUGACUUGCCUCUGGCAGAUCUAUCUGGUAUCAGUGGUGACAAAGCCAAAAAUAGCUGUGUUUUCGAUAAGUUCAGGUGGCUUCUCUGCCUUGUAGGGAACAUUUAUAACGCAGACGUUUCUCCUAGUUCUCAUCUGAGCAGUGAUAGGCAGCUAAAUGUUCACCAGCAACUGCUGCUCCAGUUAGAGCAGGGGGUCUCCAGGGACUGGUGGUCACUGUCUGGAGGAAGGGGUAUGGGUGGAAAAUGGUAUUGUUGUAUCUGACGCAGCAAAGCCCCCCCAUGCAGAAGCUCCCGCAGCCAGUCUAAGGCUACUUAUUAGUGAGAAGAUGCAAGUAAAUGGGGGGGUUUAAAUGAUUUCAGCCCGGUGUUGUUUUCUUUUGGGAUCUGAUGGCAGGGAGCGGGGGCGUGGUUCCAGGAGAGCAUCCUUGAUUCCUUUAGACAGGCUUGGCAGUUGCUCAGCUGCCAUGUCUCAGCCCAGCCAUCUGUCAGCUGAGACCAGAAAUGUAAUUGUACCAGAGCAGACCUCUUAAACAAACCAGGCCAAGACUCUGAGCUACGGCUCGUGCAGAAACAGUUGGCCUGUUCCCGUCUGGAGAGAGAGCACCUCUGGUCGUCAGAGUCCCUCUUUGCUUACACUGCAGAGAAAACGUGUUGAAUGCAGCCAGCUGUUUUCAUGGAAGCUGCCUGCUUGAUGGGAGCUUGGGCCUGGUGAUGUGAAUUGGGCUUUGGCCCUUCUGUGUGCUGGGCCUGGAGAGGCAGUGGGGGGAGACGGUACCACAGAUAUUUUCAUAGGAAAUGUAUGAACCUUGGGCAUCUCCCCUCUGCGAGGUGGUGCAGCCCCUUUUUUAUUUCCUGCAUUGAGCUGAUGGCUCGGAGCCUGUCUGCGGCUCAGCACAACUGUUGUUUAUUAAUAUGUUUGUGCAGUGCAGGGUUUCUUCUUCUUCUUUUUUUUUUUUUUUAAAUCCACAAGAGAAAAUGGGUGAAAAAUAGCCAAGCUGCAGGCAGCUGGAGGAAGGCUUGGACCUGAUUUUUCUAGCAUCUGCUGCCAUUGCAGAGUCUGCAAUUAGUGCAGCUGAACAAAUUGUGCUUCACUAACACCUUUCAAAGUCUGCUGGAACUCGCCCGGGCUGCAAGCAGGCACUUGCUGGACCCCAGCUGCUGUGACAGUCUCCUGCAGCCACCGGGGAACAGCAUUUCAGCCUCGUCGUGUGCUGAGAGGCAGAUGCGCACCCCACCUUGCUGCGCAUAAGCUGCUGAGCGUUUAGGCGGCCAGUGGCUGAGGCCAGGAGGGCGCCGAGCUCCUGGGGGAACAGUGGUUUUGCCUGAGUAAUUAAGCUUGGUGACUCUGAGCCUGAGCAGCAUGUGGAAGGGCAGGUAAGAGUGCAGUCAUGGGGCCCUGUUGUAGCCCGUGGAUCAAGGAAAGUGAUCGGGAGAUGGAGUCUCUCACGCCAAGGCCAUAACAGUUGCUAAAGCUAACAGAAGCGUUUCCAGCAUCACACUCACGCACGCUGAACGCAAUCUUCCUGUUGUGUUCUCCACUGCCUUCACCCACUUCUGGAGUCCAAGGUGAUUGCACCCUCCAGAGGCCUUGCACUAGGCACGGUUGUUCUGGCGACAGGAGGGAGAAGCAGCACAAGGAAGGGCCUGGUUAUACCACAGAUGCUCUGGUGCAAAUGCAUGCCUACAGUGCGUACUGGCCUGGGGAAAGAUGCGAUACCCAUCGACACUUCCGCCCAUAAUGUGAGAGUUGGAAACGCCUUCAGAGUUUUGAAUGGAUGCAAGCUGCCGGCUGCUGCCCUCUGAAGAUCUAGGUGAAUACCCUCGUGUUUUUGUCACCCACUUUCUCCGUUCCACAGUACUGCACUACUGCAUUCCUCUUACUGCAGCCUUGUAGAAAACUGCUGCCCCUUGGUUGGAGAGCACCGUAGUUUUCUCAGGACCAUUCCAACACCACUGCUAAGCAUGAGUUGUCUGAUACCUGUACGCUGCAUUAGCUUAUUUUUUUGCAACUUAUUUUAAACGUUAAAAUUUUAGGCACUAGCAAAGGCACGUUGUUUGUACACCCAAGUUCAUUAUGAUGUGGAAUUUGUACCAUAAAACUACUGUGUUUUUACUUUCAUGUAUUUUCUUUUUAAGGUGCUCUUUAAUGUGCAUGCAAAGCAGCCGCCACUUGUAGCAGUGUCUG